AGGUGAAGGUCGAGGAGUCAUAAUGGCUUCAUUAUUUUGAGAGUAGGUAGAAGAGAAUGGCAUUUUCAACCACCACUCGUCGUAACUUAUUCAAAUGUAUGUGCCGAACGACAAAUAGGAAAACACUGACAACUCAGACUGACAUGUUAAAGUUUGGCUUCAUGUUUGAUAUUGAUGGUGUCAUUGUCCGUGGGAAGAAGUUAUUACCAUAUGUUAAAGAAGCAUUCCAGUUACUUACAGACAGAUACGGUAACUUCAGGGUCCCAGCUGUGUUUGUUACAAAUGCUGGGAACACCCUCCGUCAAGACAAAGCAGAACAGCUCUCCGAAUGGCUUGAUGUCAAGGUGAGUAGUGAUCAAGUUGUGAUGUCACACAGUCCUCUAAGGAUGUUUCCAGAGUUUCACGAUAAACAUGUACUGGUGUCCGGACAAGGUCCUGUGGUGGAGAUAGCACAGAAUCUGGGAUUCUCAAAAAUCACAACGAUAGACCAAAUACGUCAAGUUUUCCCUAACUUAGACAUGGUGGAUCACAAGAGAAGGAGAUCAUCUCCUAGAGAAGAAGACAUGAGAUUAUUUCCACCGGUAGAAGCGGUUAUUCUGUUCGGUGAACCAGUGAGAUGGGAGACCAAUCUACAGAUCAUCAUUGACGUUUUACUUACCAAUGGUAAACCCAUGUUUGCUCCUAGGGAGAUUCCAUACCCCCACCUACCUGUACUUGCCUGCAACAUGGAUCUACUAUGGAUGGCGGAGGCAUGCAUGCCCAGGUUUGGACAUGGCUGUUUCCUCACCUGUUUAGAACAUCUAUACAUGAAAAUUACUGGUCGGGAAUUAAAGUACACUGGAUUGAUAGGAAAACCAAGUGGAAUCACAUAUCACCAUGCCGACUCUAUACUUUGGCACCAGGCCAAGAGCCUGGGAAUACAUCAACUAGACACACUGUAUUGUAUAGGGGAUAAUCCGGAGACAGAUAUCUAUGGUGCUAACUUGUACAACAGAUAUAUAGAGCGACGACAGGAGGAACAAAGGUUAAAGGUCAAAGUGAAGAACACAGCAGGUGGAGUUGCACACCUACAGGACAUGGACACAGAUGACGACAUGGAAGGUCUGGUUCACUACUCGGAGGAUUCUGAAACAGGGCGACAUUUCGCGCGUAAUUGUCAUUCAAUUCUGGUGUGUACGGGUGUGUAUUGCUCCUCGCGGGAUUAUGUCACCUACGAUUCUAGCCAAUUGUCCAAUCACAAUCAUCGCGACUUUGUUCUUGAUCCAGAACUCAAACAACCCAAAAUUGUGACAGCAAACGUGCAUGAAGCUGUCAAAUUUGUGCUGCAGAAAGAGGGUUUGUCUUGAUCACUGCCUAACUAUAGGUCACUUUACGUCUGCUCUCCACUGAAACGUUAUCAAUGUUGCUUUUAAUGUGUGUAUUGUUAAUUCUUGUAAAAGAAAGUCGUGGGAGAUUUGUUAAAAUAAUGUUGAUUGUUUUGAUUUAAUAUUUUUUUUCAAUUUCAGUUACUUGAUCGUGGUUAUUCAAUAGGUUAUAUGUUAUGUCAUACUCUAACAAAGAAUUAAUUAUAAUUUUAUUGUUUGUACUUCUCUAGAUCUGUUUAAUUUGUAAAAAUAUUUUUUAUUUAUUACAAAUAUUGAGAUUCUGAGGAAUAUAUUUGUUACAGUAGGUCCAUUCGUUUAAGCUUGAUUGGAUUGCCCAGUUUAAACCAAUGACCAAUCAUGACUGAGAUGAACAGAAUGUUACAUGGUCCUAGUACAUAUUGACCUCUACCUUAAUCUUUGAGAGGGCCAAGUAUAAAAUAUAUGUUAUUAACUAGCCACUGAAUAACAUUUUAAAUAACUGCGUAAGCAAUUUAUUUGUUUUGUUUAUUUUUAUUUUACUGUUGAAAUUUGUCUCAUCCAACAAAGUGUGAAAGUUGCCAAGAAUAAGUGUACUGUUCAAAGUGUUUCAUGUAUUAGAGUUAUUCCCCUUUGUUGGAAAGGAUGCAGAAUAGUUUGACUGCUAAUGUAUUGUGAACAGAAAUAAAGAUGUCAUGAUAGAAUUUUUGUAUUCAAAGUAAUACAUACCUGGUAUACAUGCAGGAAGCAGAGAAAUAUAAUGCACUGACUACCCUACAUGAUACAAAUGUAUGUUUAGUGAAAGUGUAGUUAAAAACCUUGGGGGAACCAUUGAAUUAUUUUAUUAGGUAUAAUUUUUGACAAGUUUUUAAACUCAAGUGACAAUUCUUACCGGGGUACAUGAGUGUGUGACUUGGUGAUAAGGAAGAAUUCCCUGGAAGCAUAUUUGUGAUAAUUGUAUGAUACUGUACUGGGAAGGGUAAAGAUA